GACAGUAACUGGACAAUGGCUGACACACUUGUCCGAAGACUGGAAAUGUUUCUCUGUCUUGGAGAGGAAAGAAGGACCCUCCAACUACACUGUCCUCUAAGGAAGUUUAUUCAGCUAUAUAAGUUGCGAGCAAGAUAUUUAGGGCCAUGGAUCUGCCCCCAGUAUCUGGUCUGUGGAUGUGUUCAGGGUCCCCCCGCGGAUCCUUGGAACCUCCAAGAUUGCCGACCGCGACAGCUGGUGCCUGAACAGGGACCCCCGGACACGUGCAUGCUGUUGUCUUGUGUUUUUCCUGUUUGUCUUUUAUCCUCUUGCAAUUGCAAUCACUACAGGAGCGGAACGGACUCACCGAAGGGAACUACAGUCCCGCCUACGGAGAAGAGAAUGCCGAAUCACCAAUUUGGGUCCCAGACAGACUCAUCAGGCCAGCCAAAGAAAACGGACAUCCGUCCCCCACGCCAAAAGAGGCCAAACCGCCGGAUAAUGCGAAACCUGGCCAAAAAGAUCAAGGCGACUCGCCUAGAGCCAAAAAUAAAACCACGCCAGACGCCGACGUGGACACAACUUAAAACCCUGACAGCUCAGACAAAGGAAGUAUUGAAGGCUACACAUGCCCCGGAAACGACAACCUUGCUGUUUGUGGCUAUGCUUACAGUUAUGAGUGCGCCCACCGCUUUAGGGGAAAGUUAUUGGGCUUACUUACCAAAGCCACCCAUAUUACAUCCUGUAGGGUGAGAGGUGUCAGAUCACAUCAAGGUUUUAACCAAUCAAACAUUAGUGAUAGGGGGAUCGCCUGACUUUCACCUUCUAAAGAACAGCUCGGGUUAUGUAGAUUUUGAGGGAAAGUCCGAUUCUCUGCCCAUUUGCUUCUCUUUCUCCCCUUCAGUGCCAGUGGGCUGUUUUCAAGUGGGAAAAAGGGUGUUUAACACAGAUACCCCCACCUUAGACAAUACCAAACCAGAUGGAAAGGACAAUGGGCGGCGUAUGUGGGAAUUGUGGAUGACCACCGUGAGCGAUAAAGAAGAAAAAAGACAACAUUAUACCACAACAAAGAAUCUUCCGCCGCGCUACCCCCAUUACAGAACAACAUUUAAAAAGGACGCCCUUUGGGAGCAAGAUGAAAAUGCUUUCCCGCGCUGGCUUCCAUGUGCCUUCCCUGACAAUGGGAUUCCAUUGCCCAGGUUCAAACAGAUCUCAAUUUGGUGCUUUUAAAAAAUAAAAAAGGAAGAACUGCCGCGCCUGCAGCAGAGAUAACCGAGCUCCGGGGCAGACAUGACGCCUGAGUGGGAGCCCGUUCGAGGGUUCGCACCACACGUGGUUAAGCCCCCUGCUUGCAUGCGGCGGACUCCAAGAAGAUGUGCACCUGGACUUGCCCCCUGUUACAAACUUGGCUCUGGGCUGAUGGACAUCUGGGUCAUGGGAAAGAUCGUUGUCAACACUUAUUUCUUUAUUUUUUCUUUGUUUGAUUCUGAAUAUGAUCUUGGCAAGAUAGAGACUUCCUUUAAUAAUAGGACAGAAGGUCGUGAUCUAUUUUUGAUCACUAAUACCACAAGCUUUCCUGCUUCCUCUUUACAGCAGACAGAGCCUCUGAUGACAGGGACUCCAAGGUUACAGAUUAUGUCUUCUCUUAUAGAUAAGAAAAUAUAAGAUUUAACAAAGAAUUAUACUUAUAAGGAUAGUGAUGCUUCUUCUAUUAGGGUGUUGGUAGAACUGUUGAGAAAUGAUUCCUUGAGCUUUGGGUCGGCUAUGAAUAUUUUACAGAGUAUAGAAACAGGUAGUGGCAACCAGGUACUUACAGGAGACCAUAUGUGCAUCGACCAACGGAUGCUCCAUUACCAUAUACUGGAGAAUAUGAUUUGAAUUUUGAUAGGUGGGUUACUAAGGAUGGAUAUAGGGUCAGGUAUUUGUCACUGUCUUGGUCAGAAAGAUUGACAAGAGCCCGUCCUCCUUGGUGUGUGCUCUCAGAAGAAGAGAAAUGGGAGGUAAGGUCACAGAUCAUCAGAUACUUUAGACAGGGAUCAGACAUACAAUAUUAUUGCCCCAAGCCUUGGAUGUACAUCUACAGACUAACAAAGAUGGGAUCAAAGGGUUAACUAGAGCGAUAGAACUAGAUACACAGACCUGAUGGCGUAAGAUAUGCCAGACUUGCGGUCCCCUAAAACUUCCUCCUUGAUGUGACAAACGGAAAACUAGACUAGGCUGGCUGACUGCGGCUCGUCUAAAAAAAAAAAAAAGCAAGCUAUACCUUUUUACAGAAAAAUCAAAUGUUCUUGGCCAUGGUCCAAGAUUGUUAUACAAUAAAAAUUGUGUAUAAAUGUCUGAUGCUCUCUCAGUAAAGUUACAACAGCUGACCACA